GACGACCAAGGGUGAGAGGGAGAGCCUGGAGUCCCUGCCUGACCCCACCACAAACAUUCAUGGGGACUUCUACUGGGACACAGACUCAAAGGAACUCACGUACAUGGGUGUCAGCACAAAGGAUGUUCUGCGCCUGACCCUAGACCAGUCCCCACAACACAUCCAGAUGCACCUUUCCGCUGGUCUGAUGUGGAGACGUGGAAGCAUAUGCCAGUCAGUACUGGUGGCCACCCAACAGAGGCAGAAUACAGCCUGCCCGUGGAGGGAGAUGAGAUUGUGAUUCCUGAGAGCAUGUGACUAGUUGUGGACACGGCCACACCCAAGCUUGGCCGUGUCUUUGUGUAUGGCACCAUUGAGUUUGAUGACACGAUGGACCACAGAUUUGAGGCCACCAUUAUUUACAUCCAGGGAGGCUCUUUAGUGGCUGGCUACUCCUCAGACACUCCCUUCACCCACAGUCUCAUCAUUCACCUGAUGGACCCUGAAGAUGUUGAUGCCUAUAGCAUGAACCUGGGCUGGAAAACUAUAGGUGUGUUUGGCUAUCUCAGGCUGCAUGGGCAGGUGUGCAGGAGAUCAUGGCACAAGCUUGGGGCCACAGUGGAGGUUGGGACCGGCCACAUAACUCUGGCCGAGGAUCCUGAUGCUUCCUGGCUCAAUAAGGAGGUGGGUGUGACAACAACAGGAAAAGAGGCAACAGAGAGCGAAGUGAGGCGAGUGGUAGCAAUCAAUGGUGCCACACUCACCCUAGACUCAGCACUCAAAUUCCAGCACCUUGGUUCGGCCCAAGUGGAUGGCGUGGAGUUCCGUAACAUGGGGCAGGAAGGCUUCACCGACAUCACUGACCCACGCUACUCCAUUGCCUUCCUGGGCCUUGAUGCCAUUGGUGACCAUUCUAGCUACGUCAAGAGGUCAUCAUUCAAUGUCAACUAUAAUGUGGCUGUUGGGCUCAUCAAGACCUUGAACAUGGUAGUGGAGGAGAACGUUAUCUAUCAUGAGCUGGAUUCAGGCAUAAGACACGAGACAGGCUCCAACACCUACAGGUGGAACCUCAUCACAACUGUGUUCUUCCUGGGGACUUAUGAAGACAGACAGGAAACAGAGAACUUGAAUUGGAGUGGUGCCUUUCAGCUGGACAAUGCACCCAACACUGUACUGACUGGCAAUGUUGUUGCUGGUGCAGAACAGGCUGGCUACAAGACCCUUGGAGAGCUGUGCGAGGACACAACUUGGUGGAUGGGGAAUGAAGUGCACAAUGCAAUUUAUGGAGUCAUGCUAUGGAAGAAGGGAGGCACGGGGCCACUGACAGACUGCUGCAGACUCAACAACUUCUACACCUGGAGAAUCUCAGACACAGGCUUCUAUGUCCAGCACUAUGCCAGCUCCCUCAUCACUAAUGUUGUCUCUGUGGACAGUCCCCUGGGAGCAAUGCAGAUCAUCUAUGAGCCAGAUUCACUGAGUCACAAGUUCCACCCCAAGACAGCCAAUGCCAGUCACUCCCUGUUUGUGGGUGUCUCCCCAUCACACACUUGUGAAUACCAGGCAUCCAAGUCCCGGAUAAUGAAGUUCUAUGGAGAUAAAUUUUUUGGCGGAGGCGUCGGCGGAGGAAACACUGGCGUCCUCUUAGCAUCAUUCACCUCUGGAUCUAAUAAGUUGUAGGGCUGGGCAGGAUUCUAUAAAACAGACAGAAUCCUGACGGAUCCCAGAUUGAGGCAGCUGACAAGUUUCCGAAUAAAGGCAUUGUCCGUGAUGCUUCCUGUGCUGUGGUUCCAUCGUGGCAGGCAUGGAAGUGCUUCUCGCUGCGUUGCCGCCUCAUGAUCAUUGAGAGCAUAGACACAGACACAGAGGUGCGGCGCCUCUCCCCCAUCGCCCUCAUUGCCAACCCUGGCCCCAGUGGGUACGUGGACCUCCUCCUUCUCUUCCUCCUAUACACGCCAUGGUUCAGACAUAUUUUUGUACAUGCGUUUAUCUUAUAUUAUUUUAUUUUACUUUAUUUUUUUGUUUAAUUUCUAUCCAGGCUCGUGUACUCGAUGCCUCAGCUCACGAGGUUCACAUUCACGCGCACGAGGCGGAGUGAGGUAGAGGUUCAUGAAGCUUCGAGUCAUUUUGUACUGGAAUGCGCCGUUAGUUUCAGUUAUGAGUCAUUAUUGCAGUAAUAUUGCACGUAGCUUCCUUCAUCUGAAUAUAUGCACAGUUUCUUCUCAUUCCUGUGGUGUUUUCAGAAUCGUUAUAUUCAUUCUUUCUUUCACUAAUUCUUUCAUUCAUUUGUUCUUUUUAUAUAUAUUUUUUUUCAAUAUUCUGUACGUUCAUAUAUUAUUUCAUUCUUUCUUUUGCUCGUUCGUUCGUUCAUUCAUUCAUUUAUUUAUUAUUUCGUUUGUUCAUUCACUGAUUCAUUCGUUGGCUUUCUUUUCAUUAUUUCUUACGUUCGUUCACUAUUUCAUUCUUUCGUUCGUUCGUUCAUGCAUUUAUUCUUUCAUUCAUUCACUGUGGCACAUUAAAAUCAGUAGAUCCUUUUGUUCGUUCGUUCAUUCAAUCUUUUCCUUUCUUUCAUAUAUUAUUUCAUUUACUCGUUUCUUUGCCGUAGUUUAUGUCAGCAUUAUAAUGAUGCAGUAAAGAAAGACUGGUAAAAAAAAAAAAAUAGAUUCUCGUAAUAAAAGAAUUUUCUCAAUUUAUGUGUUGAUGCCCCGCUACAUUAGAAAAUAAAACAAUAAAAAAAAGGAAAACAAAAGCUGGAGUGAAAGGAAAUUAGACA